AUGGAGAACCUACAGAAGAUGAUCUCUGAGAAGUCGGUAGUGAUCUUUAGCAAGAACUCGUGUUGCAUGUCUCAUACAGUCAAGACUCUCUUCUUAGACUUUGGCGUGAACCCUACGAUCUAUGAGCUCGACGAGAUGCACAGAGGAAAGGAGAUAGAACAAGCAUUGGCUCAGCUCGGCUGCAGCCCGACCGUACCAGUGGUGUUCAUUGGAGGGCAGCUUGUUGGUGGAGCCAAUCAAGUCAUGAGCCUCCAUCUCAAUCGCUCUCUUGUUCCAAUGCUUAAGCGCGCUGGAGCAUUA